AUGGCACAUGAACUACUCGGUCUAGAAUUACAGAUUUUCCUCAACCGAGGGGGCCCCCAAAACUGGGAAUCUGCUCACCGAAUGCCAAACAGUCAAGUGUCGGCCUUAUGGAACUUGAUGAGGGUAAUUGUGGAUAUCCGGAUGCUGGCUAGCAAUAUCCUAGUGGCAUACGUCAGAAGUUUGGGGAGUAACGGUGUUGGUAUUGGUGUUGGUGUUGAUCAGUUAUGCCAUACCGGCUUUUCUUUCUAUGAUGUAGGUGUUGAACGUUGA